AUGUUUGACCUGAGCUGGAAAGCCCUUUUUACGAACCGCGACCGCCGAGGAUUUCCCGAGGUCGUGGUGCCUCUCGCUGGUGGCUCUGCGCCAAAACCUAAAGAGGCCGCAGAUAAUGGAUCCAACUCCAGUCUUGACAGGGCCUCGCUCCAAGAGAAUGGCGCCAGCGGUGUUGAAGCUGGUACAACGCUUACUUUGGAAGGACUCCGAGCUGAGGUUGAAGCAGAUAUCGCCGCUUCGAGCCACGACUCUGUUUAUGACCGAAAAGCAAAGAUUAUCAAUAGGGCAGUUCAGGAUAUCGGUAUGGGCCGGUACCAGUGGGGCCUGUUUAUCCUCUGCGGUAUGGGUUGGGUUGCCGACAACCUCUGGCUGCAGGGUGUUGCCCUCACACUGACUCCACUUGCUAUGGAAUUCGGUGUCUCUGAGACCGAUUCCCGUUUUGCGACGUGCUCUCUUUUUGUUGGUCUGAUUGUUGGUGCUUCAUUCUGGGGCAUUGCUUCCGACGCUAUCGGAAGACGUCCCGCGUUCAACAUGACCCUUGGCAUCUGUGGUACAUUUGGUCUUGCCGCUGGGGGUGGACCGAACUGGGUUGGUAUAUGUGCCCUCUAUGCCUGCUUGGGUCUUGGAGUUGGCGGAAAUCUUCCCGUUGAUGCCGCUGUCUUCUUAGAAUGUCUGCCUCCCAAUUCGGGAAGUAUCUUGAGUGGACUGGCUACAUGGUGGUCUGUCGGUACUCUCAUUGCUAGUAUGCUUGCUUGGGCGUUUAUUCCGAACUUUUCGUGCGAAAGCUAUGCGACAUGCACAAAGGCAAACAACUGGGGUUGGAGAUAUCUUGUUUUAUCCCUUGGUGCGAUCACCUUCUUCGGGUUCCUCUGCCGUUUCUUCCUCUUCACUCUGUAUGAGUCGCCAAAGUUCCUCGUAUCCCGCGGUCGUCAGGAAGAAGCUGUGGCUGCCGUUCAAGGAAUUGCCCACAAGAAUAAAACCACCACAUGGCUCACAGAAGAGAUCCUGAACGAUAUCGGGGGAUAUCCAGAAGAGGACAAGAAGCAGGGCCUGUCUCAUAGAGAGAUCAUCAAGAGAUCGCUAGAGAUAUUUUCAUAUCAGCAGGUUGCGCCGGUUUUCAAAACGAAGCGGCUUGCUGUUUCAACUAUCCUGAUCUGGAUCUGUUGGACAUGUAUUGGAAUGGGCUACACCCUCUUUAAUGCUUUCCUUCCUCAGUACCUGAGCGCCAACUCUACAACAUACGAGACCUACCGCAAUUACGCGAUCACUGCAGUCUGUGGAAUCCCCGGGCCGCUUCUUGCAUGGGCUACCGUCGAUAUCAAAUAUAUUGGUCGGAAGGGAACGAUGGCUGGCUCGACUUUAAUCACAGGCGUUUUGUUGUUCUGCUUCACAGCUUCAAAGGAUCCAAACAUACAGCUGGUCUGCUCCUCGCUGGAGUCUUUCUUCCAGAUGAUCAUGUAUGGAGUUUUAUAUGCCUACACGCCCGAGGUCUUUCCUGCUCCCAAUCGAGGCACGGGAUCUGGUAUUGCUAGCUGUUUGAACCGUAUUGCUGGUCUCAUGGCACCUAUCAUCGGUAUCUAUGCCAGCACUGAUCCUGUUGCGCCUAUCUAUGCUGCGGGUGCUCUGCUCUUGGCUGCUUUUGUGGCGAUGUGCUUCUUGCCAAUUGAAACGCGGGGCAAACAGUCACUUUAG